AUGAUAAGUUUGCAACAUGAAGCCUCAACUCUUCGAGAUCCACAAAGACUUGAAUUAACAGUGGCUCCGGGGAAAAGUCUAGGUACUUCCAUAUGGGACAUGAUUAAUUUUUUGAGAGAACAAUCCAGGGUAAUUCCAAGAGUGGAUCUAAAAUAUAGUGAAGAGUCGCCACUUUCUACAGAUUCAUUUUUAAGUUUACCGGCAAAUGGUAUUAAUAUGCGAUUUGAUGCACAAUCACAACGAUUGAAAUCAGUUGAAGUAUAUGAUUUUUCAAAAUUAAGAUUGAUUUAUAAAGAUAAUGAGUUUUGCUCUAAUAAAGUUGCACCAACCCUUUCAUAUAUUAGUUACAUUUUUGGACCCACUUAUCCUGGAGAGAAAUCUCAAGAGAUUAAAAAUUCUAAUUAUACACUUACACUGAAUUACCCGGGUAUUUCGUUUAUGUUUCCUAUACCUGCAGACUUUAAAUAUGAUUCUUCAACCGAUCUUCCUUUGGAACUGCCGGAUAAGUCAUCACCAUUGUUAUCUCGAUUGCGUCUUUUUUGUCAUGGCUCCAAUUACCGCGAACCAGUGAUUCCAUCAUUAACCAGAAAUGUUAUUCUUGAUGGCAUCGGAAGAGGUAAUGAGGAUAAUAUAGAAAUAGAAAGUGUGGUUGUUGAGUUGAAACAUAAAGCUCAAGUCAACUUCUUUUCUGGGAGCAAUGCUAAUUUCAUUUCAAUUGAAAUCAUUUUAAAAGUCACCACUUCACAAGAUUUAAUUGUGGACUUGGGGAGACCUCUUAGAAUUUUUUAUAAGGAAGAAGAUAAAAUGCAGAUUCAUUCUGAAUAUAAUAAUAAUGUUAUUGAGAACACGGAGAAUGGUGUUAAUGAUCAUGAAUUAUCUAAUGAAGAAGCAAAUAAUUCUCGAGAUGAAGGUACAGGUCACCCAAUUGAUUAUUUUUAUAAUUAUUUCCAUUUGGGAUUUGAUGUGCUUUUUGAUGGAAUGACACAUCGUUGUAAAAAAAUUGUUUUGCAUGGAAAUGUGCCUGGCCAUUAUGAUUUCCAAACAUAUAAAAGGUGUCCUUAUAAAAUAAUUCUGCAAAAAAAAGCAAGAACAACAACGUAUAAUCAUAAAGUUGCUGAAAUAAUGGUGACAGAUGAUGAUUCGCAACAAACAUCUCAACCUUCACAAACUGGUAAUGAUUUCAUAAUGGCAGACACAAAGAUCGAAAAGAUAAAACAGUUGUUGGGUAAAUCCUCUGGACGUCCGUUGAUUUUCAAUCGUGGUGCAGGUGAUCAAAAUCCUUUUGGCCCAACAGAGCUAAGUGGUUAUGAUGGUGCUAUAUUUGAGGAUCAAGAUAUGGAAGCAUUUAAUAACUGA